CUUGCUUAUGACCAAGUCAAAUGCCGUAUCACCAAUAUAAUGGGGAUUCAUGCAUUGAAGCAUGACAUGUGUAUCAACAGCUGCCUUGCAUUCACAGGGCCCUUUGAAAAUGAUGAAGUGUGUCAUUAUUGUGAUGAGCCACAUUACGACAUGAAG